AGAAGAAUUUGAAGAAGAAAUAAAGACUUGUCUUUAACCACAAACUUUACAGUUUGUGGUGGUUCGGCACCUUUUUCUACCUGCUAACCUCCAUUAAACUCGAAGAAGAAGGACUUGUUUAGCCGGUAAUAUUUGUGACAGGACCGCACAUAAACAUCUCGGGUUGAUCAGAGAAGCUCACGCAGGUUUUCACUCUGAGGCAGUAACGUGAGAGGCUGCCUAAAGGCCGAUUUAUGCUGACAACCCAGUCCUCGCAGAUAGCGUCGCAGACAGUGUCUGCGUAGCCCCCCCCACCUUCGCAGACGCUCUGCGCGCACCUCCUGAAAAUUGUGACCACCGCAGAAGCCUCGCAGACAGCGUCGCAGACAAGAGGGCUCUGAUUGGUCCACUCUACAUCCGCUGUACACGCACUUCCGCUUCCCUACUUUCCCGGUUUGGUUUGUUUUCACGACCGGCAUUUUUAAAAACACGAGCGAAGAUGGAGCAGCAUGAAGAGCGGUUGAUUGAGGAAAAUCACAUCUUCUAAUGGAGUCAGCAGAGCUUUGUGAGAAUGUGAAAACUGAGUUUGGCAACACUUCAGAUGGCGGGGCAUCGGACUCUGUUGGAUUCAUCAUCCCUUUCCCUGUGGAUCAACCGAUGCCUGUCAAAAAAGAACCUGAAGAUGAAGGUUAUCUCUGUAAGACAACAUCAGAGUCCAAUGGCGGUCCUUCAAGCCCUGUGGGAUGUGACAUCGCUAAUGACCAACAGACUGGAGGAUUCCAGAUGAACCCUAUAAAGCAGGAAGAACCUGGAGAUGAUGAGUUCCUCUACUGUGAGGACUGCAGAUCCUACUUCAUCAACAAGUGUGAGGUUCACGGUCCGGCUCUUUUCAUUUCUGAUACCCCUGUUCCUCUGGGGAUCGCUGACCGAGCCAUACAAACCCUUCCACCUGGUUUAGAGGUUCGAAAGUCUGACAUUCCUAAUGCAGGCCUUGGGGUGUUCAAUAAGGGGGAGUCUAUUCCAUUUGGUGCACACUUUGGGCCCUAUGAGGGAGACCUAGUGGACAGAGAGGAAGCCAUGAAUAGUGGAUAUUCUUGGGUGAUAUUCAGGAGCAGGCAGUGUGAGAAAUACAUAGAUGGCCAAAGAGAGAUGCAUUCUAACUGGAUGAGAUAUGUGAAUUGUGCUCGUAAUGAAGAAGAACAGAAUCUUGUGGCUUUCCAGUAUCGAGGAAGCAUUCUCUACUGGUGCUGUCAACCCAUCAAUACAGGACAAGAACUCUUGAUGUGGUACAAAGAUGACUAUGGCAAAGACCUUGGCCUUAUAUUCGACUACCUCUGGAAGAAAAAGUGCUCCUCAAAUGAAAUGAAUGAUGACCUACUGCAACAUGUCUCCUGCUCCUGGUGUCAGUUUUCCUACACAUCUCAGUUUUACCUUGACAAUCACAUAAGACGAAACCACUCUGAGGAAAAUAUGAGGAUGCUGAUCGCAAGUGAAAAUAAAAAUGACUAUCAAAUAACUAGUGCCAGUAUUCAGCAAACAUGGUCUGGUACUCUCUACACUAACAUCACUCAUGGACAAAUGCAGAAAGAACUCUGUCACUGCUCGACAUGUGGAAAGGAUUUUAUUUCGGUCCAUAAUCUCAGUAAGCACCAAUGUGUCCACACAAGAGAAAAGCCAUUUCCUUGCACACUGUGUGGAAAGCGUUUUACUUAUCAGCGUAAUCUCGGGCAGCAUCAGCGCAUUCACACAGGAGAGAAGCCGUAUCACUGCUCACAGUGUGGGAAGAGCUUUAAUAACGGGAGUAAUUACAGACAACACCAGCGGAUUCACACAGGAGAGAAGCCGUAUCACUGCUCCGAGUGUGGAAAGAGUUUUACUAACCAGUGCCAUCUCCGACAGCAUCAGCACAUUCACACAGGAGAGAAGCCGUAUCACUGCACACAGUGCGGGAAGACUUUUAACCAACAGAGAUAUCUUGAAAGACACCAGAGCACUCAUACGGGAGAGAAGCCGUAUUACUGCUCAGAGUGUGGGAAGAGUUUUAAUCGACAGAGUCAUCUCCAAACACACAAGCGCAUUCACACGGGAGAGAAACCUUAUGAGUGCUCACAGUGUGGGAAGCGUUUUAAUCAGCAGAAUGAUCUUCAAAGACACCAGCGCAUUCACACUGGAGAGAAGCCGUAUCACUGCUCAGAAUGUGGGAAGAGUUUUAUUCAACAGCGUGAUCUUCGAAAACAUCAGCGUGUUCACACGGGAGAGAAGCCGUAUCACUGCUCACAGUGUGGACAGAGCUUCAUUUCUGUCAAUUCAUUUAAGACGCAUAAGUGCACCAAUAUAGUCUCUACAAUUUAAAGUAGAACAUGGAGCAUGAUUAGCUUAAAAUUCUACAUCAAUGUAGUAACAUUUAGCUAUAUUGAUCUCAAAUUAGCUACAAUGAUGCAUGCUUGGGACGAUAUAUUAUUAUAGUACACAGGUUUUACAGAGAAACAGGAUGUUGAUGAGCUUCUGAAGAUGUAGUAACUAACGUAAUUAGGAGCUAAGCACCCAUCCAUCAAAUUUGACAUGAAUCAUCAAGAGAGGGUUCUGACCAAAAGUUGAGUCAACUGAUCGAGCCACAGUAAUCAAAUGAAAUUUGAUGGUAAAAAUGCCAGGACAGAAAAUGAGUCAUAUCUCAGCAAUGCUUUGUUGGAGUGAUGCCAAGCUUGGUAGGGGACAGCAGGGAGAUUUGGGACAGGGGGACUUGGGACAGUUUGGUUGGAAUUCAUUUCUGGGAAUUCAAUCAGGUUUGAGAUGACAUCAGAAGUUAAUAGAUGUUGCCCCUUAGAGUAACCUCCUUCCUUUGGAGUCACGAACCUGGACACUGCAUUAAAGUUUGUGCAGUUCAAUAUUUUAUCAACCAAAACUUGUAUUUUCUACUUCACCUCCACCUCUAUUCUAUGGUAUAAUGUACGCUGGAGAAUUGGGGAUUUGUUAGGAAUUAAACUAUGUAGCCAUGGUGGUGUAGUGGUUAGCACUGUCACCUCACAGCAAGACGGUUCUGGGUUCAAACCUCACAGCUGAUGGGGGGCCUUUCUGUGUGGAGUUUGCAUGCUCUCUCUUGCCCCUUUUCCACCAAAGCAGUUCCAGGGCUGGUUCGGGGCCAGUGCUUAGUUUGGAACCGGGUUUUCUGUUUCCACUGACAAAGAACUGGCUCUGGGGCCAGAAAAACCGGUUCCAGGCUAGCACCAACUCUCUGCUGGGCCAGAGCAAAGAACCGCUUACGUCAGCGGGGGGGGCGGAGUUGUUAAGAUCAACAACAAUAACAAGACCGCGAAAGAUCGCCAUUUUUAAGCGACGAGAAGCAGCAGCUGUACAAACGCGAAAUCAUCCAUUAUUAUUAUUGUUGUUGUUGCUGCUGCUGCUUCUUCCGUGUUGUUUUUGCUUCGAUAUUCGCGCCAAGGUUUAUGCAAACGUAGCGACGUAACUGAUGUAUACAGCGACAUAAUGACGUAUACAACGACGUAACUGACGUAUACAGCGACGUAAUGACGUGUCUUCCCUUAGCACCGUGAGCUAUGGAAAAGCAAACUGGUUCUCAGCUGGCUCGCAAGUUGAACGAGUUGUGAGCCAGCACCAGCAUUGGCCCUGAACCAGCCCUGGAACUGAUUUGGUGGAAAAGGGGUAUCUGUGUAGGUUUCCUCCAGGUGCUCCAGUUUCCUCCACAGUUCAAAGACAUGCAGAUUAGGUAGAAUACUCAACCACUGAGAUUGUACAAGACAGUGCAUACUUAGUGCCGGUCUCAAGCCUGGAUAGAUUGGGGAGGGUUGCGUCAGGAAGGGCAUCCGUUGUAAAACCUAUGCCAAAUCAAAUAUGCGGAACGUGUGGCGACCCCAAAUGUACGGGAAAAAGCUGAAAGAAGAAGCCUUGAGUUACGAUAUAUAGUAUUAUUUAUUCAACCUAAAUUAUGGGAAAAAACAUUUAAGGAUUUUUUUGAAAAUGGCCAGAUGGGGAGAGUUGGGACACAUGUCCCAAGUCAUUCUCUUGUAUACCAUCUCUCCCCAACCACUGUCCCAAUUCUAUAUACCCCAUAUCCCAACUCUCCUUCUGUGUCCCAUAAUUAUCCAUAUGGGUAUCCCCACUCCUUAUCCCACUCGUUUUAGCCCUCGUCUUUGCAGUCCUCCUGGCAAGUCCCGCUUGAACAGUGUGCACAGUUUUUGGCUAAAUUAGGUAUUAAAAGUUGUCUGUCAUUCUUUAAAAACAGAUGCCUCGAAAAUACCAGCGGAAGACAGAGCAUGGGCUUAUCACCCAUGAAGCCCUCACUGAUGCUGUUCAGAAAGUGGUGAGGAAGGAAUCUUCCUUGCGCCAAGUGGCCAUAGAAAGCGGUAUUUCUAAAUCUACCCUGGCAAGGAAAGUCAAACAGUAUGAAGAAAAUCAAAUGUGUAACCUUGCUGCUGAUUUAAAAAAUAAGUCAAGUAUUCACCCUAGAGGAAGAGAAUCUUCUUGAAGAGUAUUUGCUUACAUCAUCAAAAAUGUAUCAUGGACUGACUUCAAAUCAAAUCAAAUCAAGUUUAUUUGUACAGCGCUUUUAACAAUAAACAUUGUCGCAAAGCAGCUUUACAGAAUUUGAACGACUUAAAACAUGAGCUAAUUUUAUCCCUAAUCUAUCCCCAAUGAGCAAGCCUGUGGCGACGGUGGCAAGGAAAAACUCCCUCAGACGACAUGAGGAAGAAACCUCGAGAGGAACCAGACUCAAAAGGGAACCCAUCCUCAUUUGGGCAACAACAGACAGCAUGACUAUAAUAUUAACAGUUUUAACAGGUAUAACCCUCAACUGUCCUCAUGGGGCCGUCCUUCACAGGAGUGGGGCGAUAAAACUCCGACCAGGCACAGGGCACCAGGAUGGAUCAAGCAGGUCCGAGGGGCAGAAGAGGCCAGCAUCCCAAUCCCAGGAUCAACAUGUAACUCAGAGGGACAGAUGGUGGGGGGGGAAGAGAGAGAGAAAGAAAACACGUUGUUAGGUAUGCCCUAAAAAUCUCAUCUCAUCUCAUCUCAUCUCAUUAUCUCUAGCCGCUUUAUCCUUCUACAGGGUCGCAGGCAAGCUGGAGCCUAUCCCAGCCGACUACGGGCGAAAGGCGGGGUACACCCUGGACAAGUCGCCAGGUCAUCACAGGGCUGACACAUAGACACAGACAACC